UUUAGAUUGUUAAUGGGAUUAUGAGCACACGCGCAGGUGAUGUGCACGCUCAAUGCUCAUAAUCCCAUUAUAAUUUUUGCAGGUACAUGUGAGUUGCUCCCAGAAACGUCUUAUUUGAAGGCAAACAUGGAUAGCGACACCUCAUCGGCUAUUAUUUGCUUUGAAGGCCAUUAUAAAAGUCGUUAUCAAAUUAAGCUCAUGAAUUAUGCAAUUUAGCAACACAAUUUAUCUGUACCUGUAUGUAAACAUGUCUUAUUGUAAUGAAAGAGGUGUUAGCAUGUUUAGAAAAAUGGCACAAAAUGCGUUUCCAAGUCAUCGAAUUUAAUUAAUUGAACUCAAACAAAUGAAACUUGUAGAGAAGCUACAAGUAAUACGAAACUUUGGAGUGCGUAAUCUUGAUGGCGAACCGUAGUGCUUUAGCAAGAUGUUUUGCAUUUUUCUGUAUUAUAUCUGUCACAAGUUUCAUGCUUUGGUUCUCACAAGAAAGUACUGCAUUCAAUUAUGGAAAAAUUCUCAUUCUUUCGUAUGAUUUAAAAUCGAAGGAAACGUUGUCAAGCAACUCAACAAUUCACAACAAUACUCGCGUACGAAAGCUAACUUUGUUAAAUACGUCAAUCUCGUCCUCUGCUGUUGAAGGAAAAUCUUCACACGUUUUGACAAAAUGUUAUAUGCCUGAGGGUAAACACUUUCUAGGACGAGUGCAAAUUGAUGUAUCUGUUCCCAACAUGCAAGACAUCCAACAUUCUUGGAAAGAUAAAAAUUGGGUACAGAAAGGUGGAACUUGGAUGCCUACUCUUUGUAAACCUUGGCGACAGGUUGCCAUCAUUGUACCAUAUCGCAAUCGUUAUCAGCAGUUGAAAAUUUUCUUCGUCAUAUUCAUCCAAUAUUGAAAAGGCAAUGCUUCAUUACAGAGUCAUAGUUGUUGAGCAGAAUGGCAAUACUCUUUCAAUCGAGCGAUGCUAUUUAACAUUGGUUUCAAAGAAGCUUUAAAACUUGGCAACUUCAGAUGUUUUGUAUUUCACGAUGUUGAUCUGCUCCCAGAAAAUGAUCUAAAUUACUAUGGCUGCCCGCGAAGACCAAGACAUUUAUCUGUGGCUGUUGAUAAAUUUCACUACAAAUUACCUUAUCAUAAUAUAUUUGGUGGUGUUGGCGCCUUUACCAAGGAGCAGUUUGAAAACAUCAACGGUUUUUCAAAUAAGUUCUGGGGAUGGGGUGGAGAAGAUGACGACUUGUAUAAAAGAAUUCUUGCUGCUCACUAUACAUUGUCCAGACCAAGUAUGUCUAUUGGUCGCUACACAAUGGUGAAAAUUGGUCACAACAGUGCCCCUGGCGAUCCUUUUAGAUUUGAAAAACUACAAACUUCUGUAAAAAGGAUGUUCAUUGAUGGACUUAACUCGCUGAAAUACGACGUGCUGAAAUUUCAAGAACACGAACUGUUCACGCAGAUUUUGGUUAAUGUUGAUCCUCGUGCGGUCUGAAAUCUAAAUCGCUGUAACUGGGCUGUUCCAGUUCCAGUUAAAACUUGCUUCGUGAAAAUGGACGUACACUGAAAGCUAAAAUAAAGAGAAAAUCACGAGCACUGGUGUGUACAUAUUUCUUGCGUCUUUACUUGAAAGACAACGACAGAUACAUUGGUAAAUGUUCCUGGAAAAGGUAAUGCUACUUCAUCUGGUGGCAAAGAACAAUCCUUAUACCUUGCAAGCUUUACUAGUGAACUGUGUUGAAAAAUAACAUUAUAAUACAUUUUAUUUGUAUUCAGAAAAUACGAUUGCACAACGCCUUUGUGAGUCAGUGAAGAGGAUUAGAAGGAUUCCAUCAUA